AGAUGCAAGCAUGUACAAAUGUUGCCCACAUUUGCAACAAAAAUGUAUUCACAGAAACAGAAAGCACAUCUUUUGAGGAACUACCCUGGCAAUUAUCAUUUUUUUUUUUAACCAACUUGGAAGUACAGAACAUUUGUAGCUAAUUAGUUUGCCAAAAUUAGCACGUACCUUUUAAUACGGUGGCCAACGAGAAAAAAAAAAAAAAAAGAAAUGUUCCUUAUGGAGUGAAUAAUACCUCGCUCUACUUUCCCCUUUUGUUUAUCCCACUCUUGUUUGGGUAGUUGUGCCACAGAGGCCUCCUCCCUAGCUUUAGGCGAAAGUAUUAAUUGGAGGGGCUACCCAACGAAGGAGCAGCAGGGCGUAUAGGACAUACCCCCCCUAAUCCAGUGAACAUGCAUAAAAAGGCACACAACCCAAAGUGGUAUCCUUUCACGCAUGGCAAGUAUAAUAAUCCCCCCAGAAGGAAUCUCCACCUAUCACACUAGUGUACUGCUUUAAAAUGAGAAAGCGAAAAUAUGGAAGCCGGUCUACCCCCACGGAGAACGAAGCAAAUGAGGAUCCCAUAGACGAGCAGGAAAGAAAGUACAUUUACCCAAGCAUCGCCAACUCGCCAAUACUCUUGCACAACGACCAGGUCAUCUACGCAUAUGGCAGCAGUCUGAUAUUUUAUUCCCUGAAGGAAAAAAAAUUUGUAAAAAAAAUUGAUGAGCAUGAAAAUGCUAUUAGAUCAUUAGAUGUUAAUAAAAAUGGAACUAAAAAAUAUUUCUUGACAACUGGGGAUGAUAAAGUGAUAGUGAUUUAUGAUGAGCAGUGGUCCGUGUGCCACAAAAUUGUGCAUAAGAAAAAAAUCGUGAAGGCGUAUUUUUUAAAAUAUGUGCAGGAGGAAGACAAGAAGUUCGAAAUAAUUUUCAUUGACAAGUAUGGAGACGUGUACCUGUUUGACCUCAAGUUGGUGGCGCAGGGGACCCCCACCAUGGGGGAAGCCCCAACGGUGGGUGAAGCCUCAACGACGAGCCUCUCCUGCUGCACCACCAAGUUGAGCUACCUGCAGGAUUCGCUGAACGACAUCCAGGAAAAUGACGAGGAUUUGUUUUUCAUGAAUAAUUUCGAGCGCAUGCUUCAGGGGGAGGAGGGGGAGGAAGAAAAUAACGAGGAAGAAGAUAAAGCGGAGGGAGGUCACUCAGAAGGAGGCCACUCGGGAGGUGAUGAAGGGCAGUCGGGCAAACUCGCCCAGGUGAAGGAAAAGCUGGAGCGGCACUACGCCAAGUGCUUCCAAAGCGAAACGCUGAUGUACCCAAUCCUCGCGUGCAACUCUGCAGUCAUAUCGCUACACUACGACAGCAACUUUUUAAUAAUAGGAGACAGAGAUGAAAAAAUAAGAAUUGUGAAAAAUAAAAAAAUAAACCAAAUAUACAACUUUUAUUUAAAUCACAAGUUAUUUAUCACUUCCCUCGUUUUGAUAAAUUCUAAAACGUUUUGUUCUGCCGCCGCGGAUUGCUACCUCCACAUGUGGGACAUUAAGACGAAGGAUAUUAUUGACACGUUGUAUUUUGACUCCUCCUUUUUGUGCAAACUGGCAGAGUGGAAGGCCCCCUUUGGCAAUUCGGUCCAUUUGAAAAAAUAUAAGUUUGUUAUCAACACGUUGAUUUUUAAGGAAAGCACUUGGACAAUCUACGCCACUGCAGAAAAUUUGAAAGGAAUUUUAAUCAUCCCACUAGCCAUAAGUGGAGAUGGCAGCCAUUUGUUAACUUUUAAUAAGGAAGAAAUUUCAUUUUUUCCUCUUCAACAGGAGGUUUUAUCUUUCAUCUUUUUAUCACUUGAUGGGGAUGAUGAGUGUAUACUUUUUGUCGAUAGGAGUGCAGGCCAAUUGCAUCAGAUCAAAUUAACAGAUCGUGGGAAGUUGGCUGGAGAGGUGGUCACCCUCGACCGGCAUGCCUUCUUUGACGGCGCGAAGCAAAUGGAUAUCGGAUUGAUAAAUUACUGGAAGCACACCACGAUAGAGGACGAAAUUCCUUAGGGGGAACUCUCCAUUUGCUGUGUACCGGGGUGUCCCCCAUUUGAGGCUUCAUUUUAUGCGCCUUCGCAAAGUUGCCUUUUUUCCCCUUUGCCGCUUUUUCCUUUGACGUGUUUCUCCUUCACUUUAAAAUUGUUACCGCCGGGUACUUUUGUGCCUCUUCGAGGAGAGGGAAGGAAGCGCGCCCCGCACGGUCCUCUGCAAAUUUACGCCUCUGCUGCGUAAAUAUACGCAAGAGUGCGCAUGUUGUGUAGGUUCCUAAGCGCAUAACAGCGUUCACGGCGUUGGCGUUAGUGUUAGCAGUUUUCUGUGGGUUCCUUUUACCUGUUAAUUUAAUUUCCCUUUUUUGUCGAAGCGUUCCCAGCGGAGCGCAUUCACUUCUACCCCCGUUUCGUCACUUUGCCCCAAUGCACGAGCAGAAGUUUACAUAUUAGAAGAAAAAACAAAAAAUAAAUUUUGCGCCACAAUGAAGUGAAGUCGUUUUGGCGUUUUUUUCACCACGUGUGGAGUGCUAACCGUUUUGGCUAUUUUUGCGAAUAAUUCAUCCAUUUCUCAUUUUUUGCUCAAUUUGUGUGUUCCCUUUUGACAGCAAUUUUUUUUUUAACUUUUUUAAAAUUAGCCCCAAUUUGAAGAGCGCCACAAGGGGAUUCACCGCCACGCGGAACAGCCGCAUAUAAAUAAACAUAUGCGUGUACGUGUUCACGUGGAUGC